AUGGGAGAUGUUACUACUAGCAAACGAAGCAAAGCUCUAAGCUCCGAGUCUGUUGCAGCACCAGAAGACCUGAUCGAUGAACUCCCGGAGUGUUUAUUGGUAGACAUCCUUUGUCGACUUCCUCGCAACACUGUUGUUCAAUGCAAGCGUGUCUCCAAAUCUUGGUUGACUCUGAUCUCCAAACCUUGUUUCCAUGCCCACUUUUUAAGUCUCCAAAAACACAAUCCCCCUUUUGAAACUACGCUCAUGUUUGUCCGUACCAGUGCACUUGAAAUACAGUCCUUCACAAUUCCACUGAAGCACACAAGGGUGUCGAAUGUUCUCAAAUUCAGUCACAUAUACAAUGUUGUGGCUGGGACAUGCAAUGACCUAGUUUUGUGGUGCGCGACUCCGAUGUUUCAGAUCAGGUGCUAUUACAUCAGCAAUCCAUACACCAACCAUUGUGUUCCUCUUCCUCUCGCUCCUCAAUGCCACCAAGCCCAUGUAGUCGUGGGGCUCAUAUGCGAUUCCUACCAUAGGUGCAAGGUUGUGCGAAUUCUCGAAUGUGAGGAAGAAUCUGCAUUAUUCAUGGUGGAGAUCUUCUCUUCCGAAACCUCUGAAUGGACACAAGCAGUAGUUCCAUUCCCGCAAGGGCUUACAUAUGAUGAUAUUAGAAGCAGUGUCAACAAUGUAGGCCUUGCUUGCAACGGCACGUUGUACUGGUUAGUCUCCAGUGGCCUUGUUAUUGGUUUAGACCCUUCCCAGUUUGACAACAGUUGCAUACCUAGUGCUGCUACUGUUCCGGCAAACCAUAACUUCCAUUACAGUUUUAUAUCCAAGCCUGAUGUAGAUGCAGGCUUGUCUGCUUCUUCCUCAUGCGAGCAGUGCCUCACUGUUUUCCGGGGGCGUCUGAGUCUAUGCCAGUUUUAUAAUGAAGGACCUCCAUCUCCUAUUCUUUAUGUGUGGGACUUGAAAGAAGAUGAUCAUGAGAUGGAUGGAGUUGGAAGGAAAAGUGUGAAAUGGUGUUUGAAAGAGAAGAUUGUCCUGGACGAACUCAUAGCGAGUUUGUAUUGGAAGCCUCUGGCUUUCCACCCAAAUGAUGAAGAUAAAUUGUAUGCACUGUGUUAUUAUCCUCGCAAUAAUGCUAAAAAAUGUUUCAUCUGCGAGUACAAUAUUCGAAAGUCAGGACGGUCUGCCAUCCGGAUAUCAGAAAUUCCAUUGCAGAACCGUGUAGACGCUUUUCCACUGUUGAUCCCAGGGGUGCGGUUGCCAACACCAGUUCCUGGACUAGUUCCUUAUUGA